UGACGUCGCGUGUGAGAGUGCAAAGGUGGAAGGUUGAACUCUCAGGUUUGGAUGUUCUAGCGGGACAGAACACGAACAAGCGAGUUUCUUUCACUUUAACGUUAGUCCACUCAGAACUACGAAUAUACUCUAAUCUGAAGAGAACAAAAUCAUUAUUAACACUGUACAGCUGUGGAGCUAUACGAUACAUUAGCUAUCAGACUGCAGUCGUUUUUUAUUCGGUAUAGUUACCGCUGCUGUGUGGCGUGUACCAAUACAUUCCAACCAGACAGUAAGCUAAUUGGCUAACUUAGUUCGCUAACUUGGCUAAUAGUUUUGGCGGACUGUUUUGAUGUAUCCUUUCAAAAGGACCUUAAUAUUUCAUUGACUUUGCAGCGUUCGGAAACACUCCCCUAUUUCUUCAAACACAAAUUUAGGUUUAGUUUUGUACAAUUAAACAAGUUAACAGAAAGCUAGCCCCACGUUAAUUUAGCUAAACUGGUUAGCUCCCGUUGAGUAUGGCCGAGAGACCGGAGGACCUGAACCUUCCCAACGCCGUUAUCACCCGCAUCAUCAAAGAGGCUUUGCCAGACGGGGUAAACGUGUCCAAAGAGGCGAGAAGGGCAAUAUCACAGGCUGCCAGUGUAUUUGUCCUCUACGCAACAUCAUGUGCGAAUAGUUUUGCCAUGAAGGCCAAAAGGAAGACGCUCAAUGCUGGGGACGUGAUGGCAGCUAUGGAAGAGAUGGAAUUUGAGCGUUUCUUACCACCCCUGCGGGAGGCUCUUGAAGCCUAUAAGAAAGGACAGAAAGGCAAAAAAGAGGCAUCAGAACAGAAAAGGAAGGACAAAGAGAAGAAAAAUGGUACAGAGGAGAAUGACAAGAGCAGAGAGGAAGAGGAGGACGAAGAGGAGCACAUGGAAGAUGAUGACGGAGAGAAUGAAGGCGAGGAGGAUGAUGUAGAAAACUGAGGGGAACAGCAGAAGUUCAGCAACGUUUCUAUCCGGCCUUGUUCUUAAGGAACUCUAUUUUUGAUGGUAGUGUCCACUUUAUGGAGAAAACAGGAGGAGGAGGAAACAAGCAGCCAGCACAUGGUCUUUAUAAUAAAAUAAGGUCAUUUCAUACAAAUCUCAGAGAAUUUAAAAAGUAACAAGGACUUGAAUGCUAGCAACAGUUUGCUUUAACAUGGCCCUGAUCGAGUGUGUUGAUAGUGAUCCUGUUUAUACCUUCUUUGACUGUUUCUGUUAAGUAGAGUCUGUGUUGCAGGGCUGCAGGUUCUCUGAUCUGCAACUAUAUUUUAUAUAUUCACUGUAUGAUAGCUGUAGUGUCUAUGUAUUUUCCAGUAAGAGUGGAAAAUAGGGAAUAGCUUGGUAACGCUUGCUAACAUGACUAAGAAGUGACUAAGGCAAUGGGUACCAAUUAGCAUCAUGUCAUUGACAAUGUUAAUUAGUAGCCAUAACCUUUUUUUGAAUAUCAACAGCUUCAGUCUUUGUUGUCUUGCAACAUAGACUCAUAAAUGCAGCUACAAGGACAGCCUAAGGUUGAGACUCUAGAUGUCUUUGGUUAAGAUGGAUCUCCCCCCCCCCCUUUUGGUAUGGUGAUGUUCUUGGUUCAUUGCUCUGAAGCUCUACUAUUCAGAAAAAGAAAAUAUCAUCCACUUAUGGUGCUUCGUGUUCUUACAGAAAAAAUGAACAGAAUCACAAGAUUGAAAAUCUGGCAGUACCUCCUGGAACAAAAAUGCAUCCAACAAUUCAGGGAAUGCAGAAAAUGCACAUUAUUGCAACCAAGGCAGGGCUGUUUUGAUACUUUUCCCUUUGUAAAAUUUUUCAUCUGAAGUAGGUAGGGGCACAUUGGUGGAAUUGAUGUCGGUUUAGGGUCUAUCCAGCCCUGACAUGCUUUUGUAUGUUGAAAUAAAUUUGUACUUUUGUAGA